GUGCUUGGUUGGAACUCUAGUGGCUGUACUCCUUCCCCAGGGCAGCUGUUGACAGGGCACUGCUAUGGGCAACGCAGCACUUUGCCACUCUUGUCGUACAGACAAGGGUAUUCAGAAGAGUACAGAAAGUCAGAACAUAGACACAUUCCCCGACUAUUACACUGACAUAAGCAAAGAACCCGAGGCACUGUCUGACAGCAACGCAAGCUUCCUCCGCGCUGCCAGAGCAGGGAAUGUGGAUAAAGUACUCGAGUACCUCAAGGGAGGUAUAGACAUCAAUACAUCCAAUCAGAAUGGCCUUAAUGCAUUGCAUCUGGCAGCCAAGGAAGGACAUGUGGACCUUGUGCAAGAAUUACUGGAGAGAGGUGCAACUGUUGAUUCAUCGACUAAGAAGGGAAACUCAGCCCUACACAUCGCAUCCCUGGCGGGUCAAGGUGAAGUGGUGAAAACACUAGUGAAGCAGGCAGCCAACAUCAAUGCGCAGUCACAGAAUGGUUUCACUCCGCUCUAUAUGGCUGCCCAAGAGAAUCAUAUUGACGUUGUGAGAUAUCUUCUGGAGAGUGGAGCUAACCAAAGUACAGCGACUGAGGACGGGUUCACACCCUUGGCUGUGGCACUACAGCAGGGUCACAACCAGGUGGUGGCCAUCCUCCUGGAGAAUGACACCAAGGGAAAGGUGCGGCUGCCAGCCCUCCACAUCGCCGCCAGGAAAGAUGACACCAAAUCUGCAGCGCUCCUGCUGCAGAAUGACCACAAUGCCGACGUGCAGUCCAAGAUGAUGGUGAAUAGGACCACAGAGAGUGGCUUUACGCCUCUGCAUAUUGCUGCCCAUUAUGGAAACGUGAAUGUAGCUACUCUGCUGUUAAACCGAGGAGCUGCCGUGGAUUUCACAGCUAGGAAUGGAAUCACUCCGCUCCAUGUAGCUUCCAAACGAGGAAAUACCAAUAUGGUGAAACUGCUGCUGGACAGAGGAGGACAGAUUGAUGCCAAGACCAGGGAUGGCCUGACCCCCCUUCACUGUGCAGCAAGGAGUGGACAUGAUGGAGCUGUAGAAAUUCUGCUUGAAAGGGGAGCGCCAAUGCUUGCCAGGACAAAGAACGGUUUGUCGCCACUGCACAUGUCUGCACAGGGAGAUCACGUGGAAUGUGUCAAGCACUUGCUGCAGCACAAGGCUCCUGUGGAUGACGUGACACUUGACUAUCUGACUGCGUUACACGUUGCUGCUCACUGCGGCCACUACAGGGUCACCAAGCUUCUUUUGGACAAGAGGGCCAACCCCAAUGCCAGGGCGCUGAAUGGUUUUACUCCACUACAUAUUGCAUGCAAGAAAAACCGUGUCAAAGUGAUGGAGCUUCUUGUGAAAUACGGGGCCUCAAUCCAAGCUAUAACAGAGUCUGGCCUUACACCGAUACACGUGGCUGCCUUCAUGGGCCACUUGAAUAUAGUCCUACUUUUGCUGCAGAAUGGAGCGUCUCCAGAUGUUUCUAACAUUCGUGGAGAGACUGCACUGCACAUGGCCGCACGAGCAGGGCAGGUGGAAGUUGUUCGGUGCCUGCUGCGCAAUGGGGCACUUGUCGACGCUAAAGCCAGGGAGGACCAGACCCCUUUACACAUUGCCUCGCGCCUGGGAAAAACUGAGAUUGUGCAGCUGUUACUGCAGCACAUGGCCUUCCCUGACGCCUGCACCACUAAUGGCUACACUCCGCUGCACAUUUCCGCCAGAGAGGGCCAGGAAGACGUGGCUUCUAUUUUGCUUGAGGCUGGUGCUACUCAUUCUCUAGCCACAAAGAAGGGAUUUACUCCACUACAUGUUGCAGCUAAGUAUGGGAGCCUGGAAGUGGCAAAACUCCUUCUGCAACGCUCUGCUUCUCCAGACUCUGCUGGCAAGAAUGGCCUAACCCCACUCCAUGUUGCUGCUCACUAUGACAACCAGAAGGUGGCGCUGCUGUUGCUGGAGAAAGGUGCCUCUCCUCACGCCACUGCCAAGAACGGUUAUAGUCCUCUACACAUCGCUGCCAAGAAGAACCAAAUGGAAAUUGCCACCACCCUUCUAGAAUAUGGAGCUGAGACUAAUGCACUGACAAAGCAGGGAGUGAGCCCACUCCAUCUGGCUUCACAAGAAGGACAUGUGGACAUGGUUUCUCGUCUAAUGGGGAAAAGCGCCAAUGUAAGCUUGCUAACAAAGAGCGGAUUGACAGCACUACACCUUGCAGCUCAGGAGGAUAAGGUUAAUGUAGCGGACAUGCUGGUACAAAAUGGGGCAAAUCUUGAUGUCCAGACUAAGCUGGGCUAUACUCCUCUGAUUGUGGCCUGUCACUAUGGAAACAUUAAGAUGGUCAAUUUCCUCCUGAAACACGGUUCCAACGUCAACGCUAAAACCAAGAAUGGAUAUACACCUUUGCACCAGGCAGCUCAGCAGGGUCACACCCACAUCAUCAAUGUUCUCCUUCAGCAUGGGGCCAAACCCAAUGCCAUCACUUCAAAUGGCAACACUGCCUUAGCAAUUGCCAAACGUCUUGGAUAUAUCUCUGUGGUGGAUACCCUGAAGGUCGUCACAGAAGAGGUCACUACCACAACCACUACUGUGACUGAGAAACACAAGCUGAACGUACCCGAGACAAUGACCGAGAUCCUGGAUGUCUCAGACGAAGAAGGAGAUGAUACAAUGACUGGAGAUGGAGGAGAGUAUCUUAGAGCAGAGGACCUGAAAGAGCUUGGAGAUGACUCUUUACCCAGCAGUCGUUAUCUGGACAAUAUGAUGUACAGAGGAUUAGGGCGUUUAGGAGAGCGCUCAGACAGUGCCGUUCACAGCCUGCGAUCCUUCAGUUCAGACAGGUCCAACACACCAAGCCAUGGCCCAUACCAGAGGGACAGUGCCAUGAUCGAGGAGUUCGUCGCUGCUACUAACAGCCAGGUACUUCUGGCCAAAGGCCCAGAUAAGGAUUCCACCUACCGCUUAAAUUGGGAACAGGAGAACUUGGACAAUGUGGCUCUUUCCUCCAGCCCAAUCCAUUCAGGGUUCCUGGUUAGUUUUAUGGUGGAUGCCCGUGGAGGAUCCAUGCGGGGCUGCCGUCACAAUGGACUUCGCAUUAUCAUUCCUCCCCGGAAAUGCACGGCUCCAACCCGUGUGACUUGUCGCCUGGUUAAACGUCAUAGACUGGCCACAAUGCCCCCCAUGGUGGAAGGAGAGGGUCUCACAAGUCGACUGAUUGAAGUGGGACCAUCUGGUGCCCAGUUCCUUGGUAAGCUGCACCUUCCUAACUCUCCUCCCCCUCUAAAUGAGGGAGAAAGCUUGGUUAGCCGAAUCCUGCAGCUUGGGCCUUCAGGAACCAAAUUCCUUGGGCCAGUGAUUGUGGAGAUCCCACAUUUUGCUGCGGUGCGUGGGAAGGAACGAGAGCUGGUGGUGUUACGCAGCGAGACCGGGGAGAUCUGGAAAGAGCACCAGUGUGAAUACACCGAGGAAGAGCUGAAUGAAAUAUUGAAUGGAAUGGACGAAGUGCUCGACAGUCCAGAAGAACUUGACAGAAAGCGUAUUUGUCGCAUCAUCACCAGAGACUUUCCACAGUACUUUGCAGUGGUGUCCAGGAUCAGACAGGACAGCAACCUGAUUGGACCUGAAGGAGGUAUACUGAGCAGUACUGUGGUACCACAGGUCCAGGCAGUGUUCCCUGAAGGAGCCUUAACCAAGAGGAUUAGAGUUGGACUUCAGGCCCAGCCUAUGCAUAUUGAACUAGUCAAGAAGAUUCUGGGCAACAAGGCAACCUUCAGCCCAAUUGUCACCUUGGAGCCCAGAAGGAGGAAGUUCCAUAAACCUAUUACUAUGACGAUUCCUAUUCCGAAAUCCUCUCCCGAUGGACUGAUGAAUGGUUAUGGCGGAGAUACUCCAACUCUCAGGUUACUUUGCAGUAUAACAGGUGGAACAACUCCAGCCCAAUGGGAAGAUAUAACAGGAACUACUCCUUUAUCAUUUGUUAAUGAAUGUGUUUCUUUCACAACAAAUGUAUCAGCCAGAUUCUGGCUCAUAGACUGUCGGCAGAUCCAGGAAUCUGUUAACUUUGCCACACAAGUGUACAGAGAGAUUAUCUGUGUACCGUACAUGGCCAAAUUUGUGGUGUUUGCUAAAUCACUGGAUCCCAUUGAGGCCCGUUUGAGGUGCUUCUGUAUGACAGAUGACAAAGUGGACAAAACACUGGAACAACAGGAAAACUUCACAGAAGUUGCGAGAAGCAGAGAUGUUGAGGUUUUGGAAGGCAAGCCUAUUUACGCUGACUGCUUUGGUAACCUUGUACCUCUCACGAAGAGCGGCCAGCACCAUCUCUUCAGCUUCUACGCUUUCAAAGAAAACCGACUUGCAUUGUUUGUCAAGAUACGAGAUACCACUCAGGAACCUUGUGGGCGCCUAUCCUUCAUAAGAGAGCCAAAGUCCACAAGAGGCCUUGCACACCAUGCUAUCUGCAACCUAAAUAUCACACUUCCCUCUUACACCAAGGAGUCAGAAUCAGAUCAGGAGCAAGAGGAAGAGACGACCGGAAUGCAAGAAAAAUAUGAAGAAGAGGGGACCGAAUCCAUUGAGAUUUCUGCAGCAAUAAAAUCUCAUCUGGUUCAUGAUAUCCCUGUACUAGCAAGCCCAGAUUUGCUUUCAGAUGUGUCUGACAUGAAACAAGAUUUGAUCAAGGUGACUAAGCUCUUAAAAACAGACUCGACAGCAACAGGUAAAGGAAGCCCCAUAGAGGUAAAGGAGGUAGGAAAGCAAACUGAAGACGAACCAGGAGAGCCAUUUGAAAUUGUAGAAAAAGUGAAGGAAGAUUUGGAAAAAGUGAGUGAAAUCUUAAGAAGCGGAAGGUACGAAGGUGAAAAAUCUAGGAAAGCAGUCGAUGAUGGUGCAAGAUGUGAAGAACCAUGUGAAGACUGGGUUAUUCUCAGCGAUGAAGAAAUCGAAGAAGUUAAGAAAAAUGUGCCAGCAGACGUCUUUGAACCUCCAUUUGUAGAGUGCAAAGUUGAUAGGGGAGCUCUAGCAAAGACAGUAAAGAUAGAGAAAGACAUGAGUGGAAUGUUGAAUUAUUUGUCUGAGGACCUAGGGAUGUAUCUAACACAGCAUGAAAACAAUGCACCUGCAACUGUUUGCCAAGCAGAUAUUGUUCAAGAAACGUUUGAUGCUGUUAUUGUUACCAAGGAUAUUAACAGUGGAACUUACAAGGUUAUCUCAGAGUUUGUAGGCUCAGUGGCGAAGAAAGAAUUGGACACAAAAGACCAAACUAGAUCAGAACCCAGCAAAACUAAACCAGUACUUCGGAGAUUCACGGAAGGAAGCAUGGUAAUAUCUUUUACAGAUCCUGCACUUAAAGGCUCAGCUACUGAAACUUGGACAGAGGUUAGAAAAAUGCAGCAUGAAGUUACGAUUAGAUCUGAUGUCAGUGAGUCAUUGAAAGAAACCACGUUAGUACCUCCACCUAUUUCAGAUGCUACCUCGCCUCUAGUGGAAGAAACUCCCAUUGGUUCCAUAAAAGAGAAGGUAAAGGCUCUUCAGAAACGUGUAGAAGCAGAGGAAGGCCAGCGCAAGCAAGUAAAAGUUCCUGGAAAAGAAGAGAUUUCUACAACAACGAGUAAACGGGCACCACACAAAGAAGAACCCCCUGUUCCCUCCACUGUGACAGAAAGACUUGAAGAGACUAUGUCAGUGCGUGAACUCAUGAAAGCUUUUCAGUCAGGACAAGAUCCAUCCAAGAAAAUGAAUCGACUCUUUCAGCACUCAUCUGUUACUUCACAAGCAGAGAGCCAAGAUUUGGAGGAAUUAAAUAAGCCUAAAGUGUCUAACGAUGAAGGUAAAGGAAAGCUUUUGUCCACGGAGAAAGUUGCUGAAGGAGCUCAAGCAGAUGUGGUAGAACUUUCAUCCGAAGUACAUCAGUCAGAGAUGCAUAGAGACCACAGUGGAAAAAUUGAGAUUACCCAAAUUCCACUUGAUGUGGAGGAAACAAAUGUAGAAAUGACCUGUUCAGUUCAAUCUCAAGAAACAAUUGGAAUACCUUCAACCAAAGAUACACAAGCCAUCAUAAUAUCUGUUGACAAACAUGAUGUGUGUUCUGAAGUGGAUAAUUACGAAUUAGUCUUUACUGAAGAUCUUGAGAGGCAAAACAAAAUCUUUGUGACGAGUGAUGACCAUCAUGAUAGUGAUCUACAGAUCAGUCCGGACAGAAAGACAUCCACCGAUUUCAGCGAUGUCAUAAAGGAGGAGUUGGAAGAUAAUGACAAAUAUCAAGAGUUUAAGAAAACGUCAGAUACUCAAGAAGCAGAAGUUUACUUGGAGCAAGUUGCGACAAGUCCAAUUCAGCACGGUCUAAACAUUAGUUUCCCACAAGAAUAUGUGAAGGAUGCAUUUCUGUCAGACAUAGGUUUGUCAAAUGGUGCUCUUGAUGACAGCUCAGAAAGUUUAAAACACGAAGGCAUCGCCGACUCUCCCAGUUUUAGCUUAGGUGAUGGGACACCUCAGAUCAGCUCGGAGGAGAGUUAUAAACAUGAAGGUCUUGCUGAGACUCCAGAAACAAGCCCAGAAGAUUUGUCCCUUUCGCCGAAGAAAACUGAAGAGCCAGCACUGGACAAAAACAAUACUGCAAAUGUUGCCAAAAUAGACAGUGAGGAUCAACCAAUCCAGAGUAAUGAAUCUUCUACACCACCAAUUGACAAUUCUGCAGGUAUAAAAAAAGAUGUUCAUUCCAAUAAAAUUAAAUCUGGCAUAAAUGAUAAGUUUGCAGUGACUGCCAUAGGAUCUCAGGAGGAAGCAGACGUAUUAUCAGAAACUCACAAUGUUGGCUCAACUGAACCAUUAGCAACAAAAGAGUCCUUUGACUCCACCGAUAAUGACCUUACUGCGGAUUCUGGCUGCGUAGUAUAUGAUGAAUUACAGUCAAUGGAAACGACUCAAGAUGAUGUGGAUGAACAGACCAUGAGUGAAUCAGUCUCUGUCCUUAAAACAGACAGUGGUUUACAUGUAGAUAACAUCAGUGGUGAAGGUACCCAUACGCCUUCAGACACCGUUAUGCAACAAGAAGCAGAACUGCUUGAUGGUCAUGACAUUUCACCGGACAGCAAAUCCAAAGACAAAGACUCAAAAUUCCCUGUUCCUAUGCCAAGAGGAAUAAUGAGAGAACCUGGUGCUGAAAAAAUGUCAAAUGAUCAGACCUCUCUAGAGUUGAAAGAAGAAAACGAUCAAGAAAAGGUUUCAUCGGUUAAACCUCCAGUUGUACCAGAAUACACAGCAAGAAAUCACGGAAUGGAACUUUCCCUUACUGGAGUGUCUAUUGAUACUGACAGUCUAAGUCCAAUGGGAGACGAAUCUCUGGCCAUCAGUCAUAAAGAUUCCCUUGAGGCUAGUCCCAUGCAAGAUGAUGGUGAUACAUUUUCACACAAAUCCCCAGAUUCACUUGAACCAAGCCCCAUUAAAGAAUCGCCAUGCCCAGACUCUCUUGAAAGUAGUCCUGUAGAAAGCAAGCUAAGUGCAGCUAUUUUCAUGGCACAACAGAAAGAGACGUCAGCUCCUGCAAUGCUCCCCGAAAAACCUAGUGGCAGAAUGGACAUUACUUUGGAUGCUAUACCGGUAAGGAGUAGAGUUUUCAGAGACAUGAGGGGAGAUGGACCUCCAAGUAGAGAACCAAGGAAGCUUAUGUCUCCAGAAGAAAGUACUGAGGAAGAUAGCUUGGAUCAAAUAUCACAGAUGGAAAGUUCAGGGAAAAGCCCCCUUUCACCUGAAACACCCAGCUCCGAGGAGGUCAGUUAUGAAGUUACCCCCCAAAGCCCUGAUGUGCAUGUGUUAUCAGCUGCUGAAAAGCCAAUUGCCAUUCCGGAGAUCCAAGAAGAAAUUGACGAUGAUUUCACAGAGAGUGAUUCAAAGAAGAGAUUCACACCCGAAGAGGAAAUGUUUAAAAUGGCAGCUAAAAUUAAAACAUUUGAUGUUUUGGAACAGGAAGCGAGAAUAAAGCGUGAAUUCAAAAAGGAAACCAAACCAUCUGAAAUGCCCAUUCCCUCUUCUCUCACUUAUCCUGAUGAAGCAGAGGUAAUAUUCAGAUCUCAUACUGAAUGCAGAAAGAGUUCCUCAUCUUCAGAAAGUGAACCAGAACUGACUCAGCUAAGCAGAGAGGCUGAAUCUGGGCUUCUUAUGGAUCCAGUUAUUCGGGUAGAACCGCCUUCUCCAGUCCCACCAGGAGCUGAUGGUAGUUCUAGCCCUGAAGAUCCUGAAUUUCAUCCGAUAGUUAACAAAAAAUACACAUUUAAGAUUAUAGAUGAUGAAAAGGAGUCAAAAGAAAUUACAAGCGAAGAAAUAUCCGAUGACAGAGAUGAUGUGAUCCCAAAUGAAGAAUGCAGAAGCCUGGAUUCGGAAGGCAAUAUACUAGCUGACUCACAGUCCUGUCCAUCAGUGCCCAAUGUUGUUACUCUUGGAGGUAAUGAAACUGAUAGUUCAUUGGAUUAUGCUGCUGCAGUCUGCUCUUUUACAGCCACUGGUGACUCCACCAAAGACACUGAAUCUUCAGAAAUGUCACCUUUUGCUCCAGAGGUGGAAGCGGAAGCGAGUCUAGUCGAGGAAGAUGCUCCGCACUUUGAGCAAACAGCAGAAGAGAAAGCUGCGUUGUGGCUGGAAAGCAAACGUCAAGGACUUCAGGUAAUAGCAGAGAAGGAAAUUCAGCUGAGCCAAAGUGACCCUACGUUAGGAGACAUGCCCUCAGAAGAACAAGCUGAAGAGCAGCUUAGCAAAAUAAUAAUAACUAAGACUGAACCCGAUGUAGACACAUGGAGCACUAUCAGAGAGGACGAUGAAGCAUUUGCAGCCCGUCUUAAAGAGGAAGAGCAGAAAAUCUUUGGUCCAAUGAAUGAUAAACGGUCCCAGGGAACAACUCCGGAUAUUACACCUGUAAGAACCCCCACUGAGGAUGGUACACCCACCAAUGAACAAAAUCCUUUCUUGUUUCAGGAAGGGAAAUUAUUUGAAAUGACCCGAAGUGGUGCGAUUGACAUGAGCAAAAGGAACUACACAGAUGAAAACUACCAUUUUUUCCAAAUUGGAGAAAACCAGGCUGAUGACUCUUUUCCGUACGCAUCCCAAAUGGAAGGGGCUGAGGAUGAGAUGACGUUUGCUGAGCCUGAAGCCAUGCUUGUUCCCACCGCUCAGACUGAAUCUGAGCAUUAUCAGUACUCGUUACCAGAUGUAUCACUUCCGGGUGCCUCAAGUGGUGAGCCUUUCAUUGGGUCAAAUGCCACAGAUGAACAAAUAGCCACAAAAACGGAACAAAAGUCACGAAUUCCAAUCAAAAUGGGGAUCUCUGCAUCAGCCAAGUCCUUAAGGAAAGAUUCUGCUCUACCUGAAGUGGCUGAAGUGAAGCCCUUCACUUAUGAUGGUGAUGUGGAAUCUCCUACCUCCCUUGAGUCAUCUAUGACUCAAGUCCAGUUAGACUUUUCUAUAGUCACCAGGACAGUUUAUUCAGAGCAAGCUGCAAAAAGUGAUGAUGAUUCAUCAGACUCGUCUCCUGAAGAACAACGAUCGGUGAUUGAAAUUCCUCCUGCUAUUGCCCAACAAGUUCCCAUCACAGAGUCUAGAUCGAAGCUUCCUGUCAGACAUACUGCUAUUGUAACAGCAGUACCUCGAGCACAACCGACUCCAAGGGACAGGGCUCUAUCACCUUCUCGCCUAUCUCCAGCAAGUCCACAGGAAGGACCAGCGGACGAUACCAUCAAAUCAAAAUCCAGAAUUCCUGUUAAGGCCGGUGCACACAGAGUAGACUACCACUCUUUUACGUCUACAGAACUUGAAACAAAAAAGAUUGUGGAGUCGGUCAAGUCUAGACUUCCAGUACGGCUGGAGCCCAGGAGCAAGUCUGAAUCUGACACUGUUGCUUCUGCAGAGAUGAAAUCCAAGCUUUCUGUUAAAGGGAAGAGCUGUGACACAGAACCAGAGGUAAAGGAGAAGCCAGACCGUACUCCCGCUGGAUCAGAAACACCAGAAAGUACAAAGCCAAAAUCAUUUCAAUCAAGACUUCCAGUCAAGACCAAAACUAGCCAAAGUUCACAAGCAACAUCUACUUCUGCCAAAGGCAAUAAAGAUAAAUUUUUUGAACUCUAUAAGCAUUCCAUUGAAUUUUUUGAAGAGAUAAGUGAUGAGGCCUCGAAAUUGGUUGAACGUUUGACACAGGAAGAGCAAGAUCAUGAAGCACUAUCAGAUGAUGAAAGUAGCACUUUAGAUAGCUCUGUUAUUGAAAAUGAGCAACCCACUGAAAUACAGCAACCUCUUCCUGAAGACUUAUUUGACAUGAGACCUAUCUGGGAUGAGUCUGUUGAGACUCAAAUUGAAAGAUUUCCUGAAGAAAGUGGCCAUGAUCACUUUGAAGCUGUAGAUGCUCAGGAGGAUUCUGAACGAGCUGAGCAGAGACUGUACCUUAUCGCCGACCACCUUGGAUUCAGCUGGACAGAGCUGGCCAGGGAACUGGAUUUCACUGAGGAACAGAUCCAUCAGAUCAGAAUUGAAAACCCCAAUUCUUUAGUGGACCAGAGUCAUGCACUACUAAAAUAUUGGAUGGAAAGAGAUGGCAAGUAUGCUUCAGAUGAAAGGUUACUGCAGACACUUACCAAAAUUAAUCGCAUGGAUAUUAUCAACUUGCUGGAAACCACACAGUCCUCACCCAGCAGAGAACAUCUCUCUCGCACUUACGCAGAAAUUGAACAGACCAUAGCGCUGGACCACAGUGAAGGUUUCUCUGCUCUGUCUGAAGAUCUCUAUAGUUCAAAGGCAAUGAGGUUUGGGCACACAAAAGCUAAAGAUUCAGCCAGAGUAGGACAUGAUCAACAAGUCGACAGCUUUCAAGCACAACCUCCACUCGUCUCUGAGGAAGAUGUAUCCAUCAGUUACUGUAGAUCUCAGGAAGCCAGCCCCAAAAUCAGAACAAAGCUGCAGGAGGAAUUUGAGGAAUCAGGGGAAGAACUAUCAAUCUCGGAGCUCUUGAAACAAACUCAAAAGGAAAGAGAGGUUGAGGUGGAGCAGAAGCCACUUCCUGACAAUCAGACUGAAGGACCCAAAGUGACCAGCCCUGAGGCUGAAGACGAGGAGCCAGAGACGAAGGACACUGCAGUAACCAAGCUGAGGAUAGAGGAACAAAGCCCCAUUAUCCAGGAGCCUGAGGAAAUUCAGAUGUUGGAGAGAGUGCAAGCUCCACAGGCAGCUGGCCCUACUAUAAUGGAAACAACAGAGGAACAUCCACAGGUCUCUGAGAGAACCAUUGAGGAAUCACUGGAAAAGGAGAUAGCAGAAGAAUUGGGGGAAGUGGAGACCAGUUCAGAUGAGGAGACUGUAACUACCCGGGUCAUCCGGCGACGGGUUAUCAUUCAGGCUGAUGACAUGCCUGAUAUUCUACCAGAGACAGUGACAGAAGAACAAUAUACAGAUGAACAUGGAAAUAUUGUUGUGAAAAAGGUUACCAGGAAAAUCAUCAGACGCAUAGUUUCACCUGAUGGUAUUGAAACGGAGGAGGUGGUAAUGCAAGGGGAAGAGCAGAAACCGAUCACAAUUGAAGAUGGCGAUGAGUAUUCAAAAGUCUUAAAGAGAACUGUACUGAAAAGUGACAGUGAGCAGAGUGAGGUAACCUUCUCAGAACCACAAGUGGCCUUUGGCUCUGAAUUCCAGUCAGAGCAAGUUGCAGGUCGCAAAGUCAGCAGAGUCGUCAAGACAACCGUGGUCCAUGGGGAUAGAAUGGAGAAACACCUGGGCGACCCCAAAUUAUCCUCUGACCUUCCCACAGCCAAAGAUGAUUUCAAUAUGGCUUUAAGUUUUGCAGGGAGCCACGGAAAAGACUACAUCCCAAAUGUAGUUCAGAAAGAGAUUGUAAAAGAGGAUGGAUCAGUUAUUAAAAGGACGACCAUGAGUAAAGCUAGCACACAGAAGAGGACUGUGGUGACGGAUCGGGAGGGGAAGCACAUACACGAGGAACAGCUAGAGAAUGUGCCUGAAGCACUACAACAUGAUGACCUGAAACACGACCUACAAGAACUUCUCGGUCGUUUCUGUGGCGAGGACUGGAUACAGGAGAGAAAAUAAACAGCUAAGACAUCACACAUAUCUAUUCUGUCCCCACUGCUCAAACUACUUCACAGGAAGAAUUGUAUAUUAUUUUCCAUCUGAAGACACUGAGGUAUCCGUGAGGAAAGUAGAAUUGAAUUCGCCUUUUCUCUUUACCGUAAGCUAAUUUGUGACCAAAGAUGGCAUCCAUAUCUUUGGAUGGCUACUACUGUUUGAACACCAGAGCUUCCUCUUACAGCUGUACUAGGAACACACUAAUCCUUGCUGCCUCCAAUCUGCACCAUCAGGUCCAAUGCUCACAGAAUAUCAACUUCAUCCACAGGCCUCUUCUCAUUUUCUGUUGCAAAAGGACUUUACCACACAAAAAAACCUACAUGGUAAAACCGUUUCAGCUUGCGAGACUAAGACACUCCUAUCUUGACUACACAGAUCGCCAAUGAACACAAAAGUCCCUUCUUGAUUGCCGAACAGAGAAUUGCUAAGUGUUGCCAUAGUGACAGAUCGUGAGUGUGCAGGACUAAUAGGGAGCAACUUGAGACUCUUGCAGUCCCUCAAAUUUCUUGAAGUCGAAUAGCUUAAUAAAUAUGCUAGCAUCUGUACUUAAUGUAUCAGACCUUUCUGCAUCCACUGCAUUAGUAUGAAUUUUAAAAGUGGCUACUACAUUUGGUCGUGUAAUUCAUGCUGCCAUUACUUGUUUCUAGAACUUGCAACUUUCUUCACUGCUUCCACCAAUCCACAUGCUCUUGUUCCUGCGGUUUGAUUGUUUCUACUGGCACCUGCACUGUAGAUAACUGAAACUGAGAUGAACGUUACAAAAGGAAAAAGAACCCAGACCGAAUACUUUGGUUAUUUCAGCAUUAUUUAACAAGACUGGCUUCUUUUUGUACAUGCAUGUAGUAUUUAUAGCUGUGGUAAUCAUAUAUAGGCUUGUUUAACCAUCUUUGCACUGGGGAAAUAGUUCAGCUCACUGCCUCCGAAAAGGAAAAACAAAAACACGAUCCAAUGAUAUUGAUUAUAUAGUAUUUUGAAUUGUUUGGUUCUCUCCUUUCUUUAAUGUGUUCAUGAAAUCUUAUUGUACAUUUCUUAAGUUAUUAUGGAUAUUUGUUUAAUAUAAGGACAAAAUUCGCUCAGUGCUCAGAAAGUUAAAUAAAGAAAUAUAUUGACUCGGUUGGACAGUGCAGGCAGAUUGCCAGUGCUUAUUUUGGUAGUUUGUACGCCUGCAUUGACUGACUAUGAAGACCGAUGGAAGGAGUGCAUAUCUGUUCUAGCCAUGCCCUGUGGUGUUAUUUACAGCGCAGAUGAUGUCUCUGUAAUUACAUUUUGGUUUAUACUUUUUUGUUUUAUUUCACUUUAUUUUAUUUGCUGUGUAAUCAAAGAACUUCAGACUGUGAGAAGAAGUGAAUUUUAAGUUGACGACUCAGCAUCUUGUUCCCAAUGUGAUAACAAAUAUUGUAUAUGAUAUCUAUGAGGGCAUGUAUUAGAAUAAGGAUAAAUGGAAACAAAAUUAAAACACUAACAAAUACAUAGCAACUGCAAUGUGUACGAUGGCUGAUUUAAUUAAAAUAAAAUGUACAAGUGUUACAUGUAAA